AUGGGCCCAGAAAGCAUCUCGGAUGCAGGCGUCCAUGGGACACUGCACACAUCAGAAAAGCUGGAGGCAAAAGAUGAAUCGCACGAAGAGGAUAUUAUUGAGUAUCCAACUGGUAUCAAGCUUGUCGUGGUACUUGUUGCCAUAUUUUCGUCUUUGAUCCUCACAGGGCUGGACUUCAACAUGAUUGCGACAGCAUUACCCACCAUCACCGCGGAUUUUCAUACCAUCGCCGAUGUUGGUUGGUAUUAUUCUGCAUACCGUUUGACUUCUUGCGCCUUCCAAUUUAUGUUUGGCAAGCUUUACCAUCUCUUCUCUGCCAAAUGUGUAUUCCUUGCCUCGGUGCUCAUUUUUGAACUGGGAUCUUUGCUCGCCGGUGUAGCGCCCACUUCCAGCGUGUUGAUACUGGGGCGAGCCGUCUCUGGUAUCGGUUGUUCAGGUAUCAUUUCUGGAGUCCUUACCAUUAUAGCAAGAAGCUUUCCUCUUCGUAAACGUCCGCUAUAUACGGGACUAGCAGCAGCACUCGAAGGCAUAUCCUCAACCGUUGCUCCAAUGCUUGGCGGACUCCUGACUCAAUACAUCUCAUGGCGAUGGUGCUUCUAUAUCAAUCUCCCCCUUGGAGGUCUGUCCUUUAUAUUAAUUCUGUUGUUUUUCCAAGAUCCAUUGAAAACCAAAAGCACAGUCCUGCCAUGGAGGGUAAAGCUCAAGCGACUUGACUUGCUAGGAGCGGGGCUUUUUGUCCCCUCUAUCACCUUCUUUUUGUUGGCGCUCCAGUGGGGAGGCACGGAGUACGCAUGGAACAACGUACGAGUUAUCGUUCUCUUCGCCUUAUCCGGCGUUCUCCUCAUUGCCUUCAUCUGGCAGGAGAAGAGGGAAGGGGAUAAUGCACUGCUUCCCGGACGAGUUAUGCGCUCGCGAAGUGUGCUUGCCGGGAUGUGGUUUGGCCUCUGUAACAAUUCGUCUUUGUCGGUCUUUGAAUAUUACAUGCCGACCUAUUUUCAAGCAGUUCGCGGGGUGUCUGCCACAAUAUCAGGAGUACUUUGUCUGCCUAUCGUGGUGGGACUGAUUCUUUCCAUUCUAGUUGGGAGCUCCUUAACCAGCGCUAUUGGAUACUAUACUCCCUUUAUGAUCAUCACCGCGGUUCUGAGCCCAAUAGCAGCAGGGUUGCUUACAACAUUGCAGACCGAGCAGUCUCUUGCUUCUCUUAUCUGUUAUCAAGCCCUUUUGGGCGUCGGAACCGGUAUCGGAUUCCAAGGGCCCCAGGUAGCCGUCCAGACUGUACUUCCAGUCGCAGACGCUCCAACUGGCAUUGCCCUCAUUAUUUUCGCCCAGAACUUCGGGCCGGCUGUCUUCGUCUCGAUUGCUCAGACAAUUUUCACUGGAGAACUUCGCACGCGUCUAGGAGAGAUGCUGCCGAGCCUGGGCACGCAGUCAUUGACGCAGAUGGGGUUUUCCGAUAUAGAGCAGCACGUUGCCCCUGCUGAUAUACCUCGGGUGAUCGAGGGGUACGUUAGAGCUUUGACCACAGCCUACUUUCUUCCGGUCGGUUUGGCUUGUUGCCUUAUGGUUGGAGCCUUGGGAAUGGAGUGGAGAAGCGUAAAAAAAUAA